AUGGGAGGCGAAGUAGAACCUGCGCUUGAGCUCGAACUCAUGCUUGUCAGUGGUCCUGCAGUUGCACCACCACUUAAACUUCCUGACGAGAUUUAUCAGGAAUAUUCGGGACGAGUCAUUACAAAGACAUUGGUUCACACAGAUC